AUGUGGGCAAGGGGAAAAGUACUCGCAGCGUGCUGCGGGUCAUUAUCCUCGCCCUCAUCGCCGGCGCCUCAAUCGCAAGCCGCCUGUUUUCCGUCAUUCGUAGGUGUUCCCUGGGCAUGGAGGAAGCUAUCAUGGCUGGACAGCAAGCUCGCGGCUGCUUCACUGGGGCUGUUUCUGUGCUUCUCUGGGUCCUGUGAAUCCCAUAGUUCGUCAAUUGCAUUGCUAACAUGCUGCUUGUUUCCUAGGUUUCGAAAGUAUUAUCCACGAAUGUCAGUCUCCCAUAUGCGUUGCGCUGCGGCCCCAUCGCGUCCUCUGCCCAAUAUAUCAAGAUAUACUAACACCCUUCCAGUCGACCCUUGGUUCAACUUCCGCGCCACAAAAUAUCUCGUCGCAAAUGGCUUCUACAACUUCUGGGACUGGUUCGAUGACCGAACAUGGCAUCCUCUGGGCCGUGUCACGGGUGGUACCCUCUACCCUGGCCUCAUGGUAACCAGCGGUGCUAUCUGGCACGCCCUCCGCGCCUUCACGAUUCCCGUCGAUAUUCGCAACGUCUGCGUUCUUCUCGCGCCGGCUUUCUCUGGCCUUACGGCUAUUGCCGCCUAUCUCCUCACCAAUGAAAUGACAACAUACAACUCGGCCGGCCUCCUGGCUGCUCUGUUUAUGGGCAUCGCCCCCGGCUACAUCUCUCGAUCAGUUGCUGGCAGCUACGACAACGAAGCCAUUGCGAUUUUCCUGCUCGUCUUCACCUUCUAUCUCUGGAUCAAGGCUUUGAAGCAGGGUUCCAUGCUGUGGGGUGCUUUCUGCGCCCUGUUUUACGGCUACAUGGUCGCCUCCUGGGGUGGUUAUGCCUUCAUCACCUGCCUUCUUCCCCUUCACGCCUUCGUCCUUAUCCUCAUGGGCCGCUACAGCACCAGGCUAUACGUUUCGUACACUACCUGGUAUGCCCUGGGCACACUGGCCAGCAUGCAGAUUCCCUUUGUUGGUUUCUUGCCUGUCAAGACCAGCGAGCACAUGCCUGCCCUUGGUAUUUUCGGCUUCCUCCAGCUCCUCGCUUUUUUGGACUAUGUCCGGUCAGCCAUUCCCAGCCGUCAGUUCCAGACAUUCCUCUGGAUCUUUGCUGGCGGUAUCUUCGUUCUGUCUCUUGCGGCUCUGGUGAUUGCCACCAGCGCCGGCAUUAUCGCCCCGUGGAGCGGACGUUUCUACUCACUUUGGGAUACCGGAUAUGCUAAGAUCCACAUUCCCAUCAUUGCCUCCGUCUCUGAACAUCAGCCCACCGCCUGGCCAGCUUUCUUCUUUGACCUCAACCUGCUUAUUUUCGUCUUCCCUGUUGGUGUCUACCUCUGUUUCCAGGAGCUUGCUGAUGAGCAUGUGUUCAUCAUUGUGUACGCUGUUUUUGGCAGCUACUUCGCUGGUGUCAUGGUCCGCCUGAUGCUUACAUUGACCCCUGUGGUCUGUGUUGCUGGUGCCAUCGCCAUCUCGACCAUCCUCAACAACUACCUUGUCGCAAAGACUCCUACCGAGGAGGACCAGCAAGCCGCCGAGGCCGCUGAGAAGAAGGGCUCGAAGUCUGGUCUUAAGUCCACUAACAAGCCCGUUGUUGGCAUUUAUGGCCUGUGGUCCAAGAUCUUGAUGGUGGGCGCUAUGGCCAUCUACCUCCUCAUUUUCGUCAUGCACUGCACCUGGGUCACGUCCAACGCAUACUCCUCUCCCUCCGUUGUCCUGGCAAGCAGGAUGCCUGACGGAAGCCAGCACAUUAUUGACGAUUACCGUGAGGCCUACCAGUGGCUUCGCCAAAACACAAAGGAGGACGCCAAGAUUAUGUCGUGGUGGGAUUAUGGUUACCAAAUUGGUGGCAUGGCUGACCGCCCAACUCUUGUCGACAACAACACGUGGAACAACACACACAUUGCCACUGUCGGUAAAGCCAUGAGCUCGCGCGAGGAGGUCAGCUACCCCAUCAUGCGCCAGCACGAGGUCGACUAUGUUCUCGUGGUCUUUGGCGGUCUUCUGGGCUAUUCUGGUGACGAUAUCAACAAGUUCUUGUGGAUGGUUCGUAUCGCUGAGGGUAUCUGGCCUGAUGAGGUCAGCGAGCGCGCCUUCUUCACCCCAAGAGGCGAGUAUCGUGUCGACGGCGAGGCUACCGAGACCAUGAAGAACAGCUUGAUGUACAAGAUGUCCUACUACAACUUCAACAACCUGUUCCCUCCAGGACAGGCUGUCGAUCGCAUGCGCCAAGCCCGUCUGCCCGAGGUUGGUCCUUCCCUCAGCACCCUGGAGGAGGCCUUUACCAGCGAGAACUGGAUCAUCAGAAUCUACAAGGUCAAGGACCUUGACAACGUUGGCCGUGACCAUAUCUCGGCGACAGCGUUCGAGAAGGGGCUCAAGAAGAAGAAGGCCACCAAGAAGAGGGGGUCUCGGGUCCUGCGUGUGGAUUAA